GCUAAAUCCGGAUUACUUACAGAUAAUGAGAUCAGGUGUACUAACAGUCAUUUGUUUCCUCUUUUAUUUUUAUGCCUCAGGGAUACUUUUGAGCCGACAGCGCAUUGCUGCUCCCAGGAACCUCAUCAUGGUCUGAUCUUUACAGUUUGUGAGUCCUCUUUAUACAAAAGACAUAGAAAGUUAAUCGAGGAGAGGUCUGCUCUCUUGCACUUUGUACGCCUCUUUGCACGCCUGUGCGUAAAAAGCCCUCGAGCCUGGCGAUCAGAUAGCCAUAGAGGAGCCAGACGAGGAAGUUGGGAGGAGGAACCGGCGUGGUGUGUGCGGAGAGGAGAGGUUUUGCUGAUUUUACAGGACGCCCCAAGCGCUGUAAGUUCGGAGGAUCUGUUCAGUUUGUACCCGAAACCAGCGAUGCGCACACAGGGACGCGCUACUCCACUGUCGACGCGUAUCUGGUCAGAAACUGGUUUUUAACACGCUGUCCUUUUAAGAAGGCCACACACACCUAUGUUGUCAAUGUUAACACGGGCAGUGAAGAGGAUCCCGGAAGAGCUCGUGGCGCAGGUCACCAGGUGGUUUGCAUAACCUGUAGGUUUAUUCCGAAGCCAGCGAGCACCGAUGGACUUUUUCACCUUUUUCAAAAAGUAGUUGUUUAAUUUGAAAUGCCCGGGAAGAAAAUGGACGAGCGGAACAAGAAGAAGCUAUAUGUGGUGAUGGACGUGCUGUGUGUUUUAGUUGCGGCACUGCCCUUCAUCAUUUUGAACAUCCUGUACAAGCCAUAUCAAAGGGGGGUUUACUGUGAUGAUGAGAGCAUCAUGUACCCGAUAAAACCAGACACCAUCACCCAUAGCAUGAUGGCAGCUGUCACCAUCACCUGCACUGUUGUCAUUAUCUCCUCCGGAGAGGCUUAUCUGGUCUACAGCAAGAGAAUUUACUCUAAUUCAGACUUCAACCAGUAUGUAGCUGCGCUCUAUAAAGUAGUGGGUACCUUCUUGUUUGGAGCAUUUGUCAGCCAGUCACUGACCGACCUUGCCAAGUUCACCAUCGGCCGCCCAAGACCCAACUUCAUGGCCGUAUGUCUUCCUGAGUUCUGCAAGGGAUACAUGCAGAAGAUCAACUGCACUGGCAAUCCUCAGGACGUCACUGAGUCAAGGUUGUCCUUCUAUUCUGGUCACUCCUCUUUUGGAAUGUACUGCAUGCUCUUCCUAGCACUUUAUGUUCAGGCAAGAUUGGCGGCUAAGUGGGCCAGACUUUUGCGACCCACUAUCCAGUUCUUCCUGGUGGCCUUCGCGGUGUAUGUGGGUUACACCCGAGUCUCCGAUUACAAGCACCACUGGAGCGACGUGCUGGCGGGGCUGCUGCAGGGAGCACUUGUUGCUAUAGUCACUGUACGCUAUGUGUCAGACUUCUUUAAGAAGCGACCUCCACGUUGCACAAGACCAGACGCAGCUGAUGGCGAAGAGCCAGAGAGGAAACCCAGCCUGCAGAUUGCAGACUCUGAGCACGGCAACCAUUACAACUAUCACCAUAGACCAAGCCCUGUGUGAUAGGGGCUGACACUGGGGAACAGAGGCUGCAGCACACAUACCCCAAACCUGUGUGAUGGGGUUUAACCCAAGGGCUUCAACUUUGAUUGUGCAGCCGACCAUGUUUAGAUUAGGGAAUAAUUGAGUCAACUGCAGUCCUAACUCUGUAGGUUGCCUGCUGCAGGCUCCUGAUGUUACGUGAGUAGUUCUGUAAGUAUGAAAUGUUCAGUUUUUGGAGUGUCAGUAUAAGUUCUGGCGUGCUACCAGCCCUUCGUAUUCUUGUUUGAAAGGAGGAAACCUCCAGAUCUGGUCUGUAGCUUGUUGCCUCCCCAGCUCCCUCUUUGUCAACUACUCACCCCCCCACCCCUAUCCCAUUCCCCAACCACUGGACUGACUGAAGGGGCUGCAUCCCAUCACCAGGUGCCUGAGCCCUGUCUCAAAGAGGAUGUGAUGACCUGCUUUUCUCCUGUAAGAGACAGAGGAGCAUAUUGCUUUUAAGACAUCAUGAUGUCAGUGUAUUUGCUUAAAGCUGCAUUAAGCAAAAAACCAAACAAACAACAACAAAAAAAACACUACAAACCCAGCACAUCAAAGCUACCAAAUACUGGUGCUUUACUAGGUGCUUGCUAGCAAGCAAAUAACACAACAGAAACACAGGCUAGUUAAGUCUUUUUUUUUUUUUUCUGGCCACCUGAUGUAUGUCCUUAUGAUAUUCACUUAUACCUGUAUUAGCCCACUAACUGACUCUUUUUGGAUUGAUAGAAGUUUGUUACUUUACCAGCCACGUUUUAAAUGAAGCUCUGCGGCUGCAGGUAACAGAUGUCCACAGUUUUAUAUAAUGCAUCAGUGAGAGUCUGCAAAAUGUAGUGAUCUGGCACAGGAAGCUCUUGCUAAUGACUUUCAGUGUGCUUGGCAGGACUAGCACCUUUUUUUAUGUUGAUAUCCAAAAAAUUUCUUAAUGGAGCUUUAGCAUGUUUUUAUAUGUUUUAAAGUUUUGUAUGAAGAGAACUGAAGCAGUACUGGCAGUAAUGAAAGAAUUUAAAGGAGGGGAAGAAAGAUAAUGUUUAUAAAUGCUGAAUAUCGCAUAGUUUGUCUGCUAGUUCAUUUUAGUGCACCUUAAGCUGGCUACACACUAAAAGGUUGUUGCAAAUCACAACUGAGUUUUUAAAUGGAAACCAAGCCACAGAAGAUUAGUUGAUUUUAUUUUAUUUUUUUGUCUGUGCAUCAUGUCCAGUUAGUAGAAAAGCUCACUAACUGAAAAUGUCAGCUGCAGGCCACCCCGAAGCUGCUUGACAAACAUGCUAAAUUGGAA